UGUCACUUCUUUUCCAAUAUGGUGGAUACGUAUGACCUUUUCAGAAGGUUGAGUGCGGGAGCGAAAUUUAACAAAAGAAAACAUCAAAAUUUAUCAGAAAGGGUUAAGGUGAGUUUUCAUAGCAUCUUUUUUUAAAAUUUAUCAAUUACCUACUUUUAAAUGUUCAUUAGAUGAUGCACACUGAGUCGACGAAGCCUCACGUGGUUCUUUAGACGUACCUUGGUUAUCUUGUGUAUUUGUAUAAAACUUAUUCCAUCCAAAUAAAACACGAAUAUCUUCUUAAAAUCGACAGAAGCUUUUCUUUCGAUGCCUGUAAAUGUUUUCCCCUUUGUCAUAUAGUUAACAUCCUCUAUAUACCACGGGUGCGAAGAAUAUGCACAAAUAUUGUCAGGGUUCCAUAAACAACUUUUAGAUCAACUAUCUUCACUCCGCCGUUAAUUUAAGAAUAUCGGUGAACUUCGACGUUUACGUUCCCGUGCUUACAAACCCUCCCGUGAUAAGUCCCCUCACAAAGAAGCUCCCUUUAAGCAUAAAUCUGAUUUACUGUAACAUUUUAAUCUUAAUUAAAUACUGCUAUAGCUAGCGCUUGUCCCAAAUGUAUUCUAUUGAUAAUCCAAUCUAAGACCUGUUGCCGAGGGAUAGCUUGUAUACAGCCCCCCUUCCAGAUCUUUUUUGAGGGGGUGGCUGCACACAGUGCAUAUAGAUAACAUUCACAGGAUGGGAAUGGCAUAUCUUUUAAUUAUCUCUCAAGAGGAUGAUGAGCCCAGGCAUAAUUUAACACUUUUACACUGAGACAUUAGUAUGUAUAUUCUCCAAACUGUUCUUUAUACAUUUCAUAAGGUAUUGAAAAGGAGAAUUUGUUUAACGAUCUAGAGCUCCUUUAGUUGGUGAUCAUUUUUAAUUUUUCUCAUAACAAUAAUGUAUGAUUCAGGAGUGGUGCUGUAAGGGGAAAUUAGAUGCUAGUCACCAGAAGGGUUCAAAAGGUUAAUGUCUUUAUUUUCAACUUCUGAGAAUUAUAAUCUGUUUGAACAUGUGUCAUCAGGCUCUCAGUGAAGGUUCACUUGACACUGAAAAUGCAGCACAAGCUCUUGACUUUUUUGGAACUUUGCAAGGAACAGAAGAUGCACACCAUCAAUUAAGUGAAGACCAUGAACUUGAGAGGAGUGAUGAUGACAUCAAAUCAAAAUACAGGAAGCUGGAAGAAACUUCAGAAAUAAAAGAGAAGAAAAAGAAAAGAAGAAGAGACCCAACUCCAGGUGAAGUUAUGUCGUUUAUUUGACACUUCUUUCAGUAGCUUGAUUAUGUCUGAAUUAACCCUUUUACCCCCAGAAGUGAUUAACAUAUAACUUCUCCCUAUGAUUUCCAUACAUUAUCAGGCAAACAGGUAAUGAGAAUCAUCAAACUUGUUAAGUGAAAGUUGUUAUCUUGACCUAACACCAAAUUCUCAUAACUAAUUUACAAGGAAAUAUGAGCAGCAAUAGGGGAGAACUAGCACUCAGAUCUUGAGAGUUAAAGGUUUAUAGUCUAUGUUAGACUGUGGUGGUGGUGCCCCACGUGUGGUUCCAAGCUUUCAGCUCUCUUUCCAACACUGUACAACACCAGGUGUUCUUGGUGAAUCCUAUUCAAUGUUAAUUACUUUCUUUUGGGGAAGCUGACAGUCACAAUACAAAGAAAAUUCAAAACUAUAAAGCAUAAUUUUUGCCAACAGAUGAAAAUCAUAGAGGAAGUCAACCAUUGUCAGAUUCAAAGGUUAAAAUUUUUGCUUCCCAAACAAAUGAAAAUGUCAAUGGUGAUGUCGAUGAAAAGAAAUCCAGUGAAAUAUUGGCUGAACGUCAUCAAGAAAAGGCAAGUUUUCCCAUGUUAUAAAUUACAUUAAAAUCAUUAUAAAUAUUAAUGUACAGCUGAAAUUUUAAUUUUCCUUUGUUUUAUAAAAAAAACAAAGGAAAUGAAAUUUUAAACCAUUGAUGAAUUUAAGUGAAACACAUUUUGUACAUUUUUGCUAUAUAAUAGCAUGCAUGAUUUAUUUGUUCUCAGUAGUUUAAUCCUUUUUACUCCCAAGAUCUAUCAGUAAUUCUCCUUACUGCUUGCCAUGCAAUUGUUAUGAUGUGAGUUUGGAGAAUUUUGAAUUGGAUCAACUUUUAAUCCCCAAAUUGACAUUUUUAUUCCUAUUACUUGCCUUCUUGAUAUUGUUUUGAUAUUGUAAGGAGAAAUUCUGUCUUGGUCAUUGAUGAGCAUUUAAGGGUUAACACUUUUUGUGUAUGUUUUUUUAAAGCCAAUUCACUUGAAGGUGAAACUAAAUGCUCACUUAAUUUUUUUAUAAUGAUAUCUAUAGGUAAAUAUUUUGAGGCGGGCAAAUCGCAUUCACGUGAAGGGCUCUGAUAUUCCAGAUCUGGCAGAAAAUUUCUCAGAACUACAAGAGAGGUUGGUAGGAAAAUUAGAAUGGAAUUGAAGCCCUAAUGCUGACACAGAUUUGAUUCUGUUGCCUUCUUCCUUGAUAGUAAAGUUUGUGCGUCUUACAAUUCAUUUGACUUUCAGUUUGAUUGGUGUGAACCUGGGAGAGAUAUUCAGUGGUGAAGUCUGAUUGUCCAGGAGAGGUUCAUCAUGAGGAGGGCUGUUGUUGGUAGUAAUGACUAACAAUUUGACAACCAUAGAAGAAAUCAUGAGCGGUGUUGAGACGACCCUGAUGAUGACUUCCACUAAGAUUUCCAAAACAUUUGUCAUCCAGUCAUCACAACUGUCAACAAGCCUUCCUAGGACUAACCUCAGCCAAACAAUCAGACUACACAAGGAAAUUAUCUGACUCACAUUUAUUUUAUGUAUUAACAACAUGGUAUUUAUGCAGGUAUAAACUGGCCUCUUACAUGAUUGAGAAUGUAACCAAAAGAGGUUAUCACAAACCAACUCCCAUCCAGAUGCAGGCUGUACCUCUUAUGAUCCACGUAAGUGCAUCUUGAUCGAACCAUUACUUGGUUCUGUACUGUCAUUAUAUGUUUUGGUGCAAAAACCUGUCAGCCAACUUUUGGCCAACAGAUGACCAACAGUCAGGCAAUAUUUGGGGGACUGUUCACCUAAAUCUUGGCCAACAUGGGUCCUGUAGGUGGACAGGUGGCUGACAGUCAGUAACCUGUUGGUGUUCUGCCAGUAAGUUGUCAGUAUCCAUUAUCGCACUACCUUAUAUAUUGUCUAAACUUCAGUGGAAAUGUUGGCUUCAAGAUGUAUUCUAUCAAGUAACAUGGUAACAGCCCACUCUCUCUUUGCAUGUUGCACAUUGCUAACUGACUGGUAACCUUUUGGUAGCCUGCUGGUCAUAUGUUGGCCAAUAGCUGUCCAACAGUCAGUAGAGGGGAACUGUAGUAUGUUUUAAUGAAGUUUAUGACUAUUUGAUUUUUAGUUGAUAUGCUCAGUCUAUUUCAAACAUAUGUUUUAGCUAAAUAACAAAGUUGUUGCAUAUAUGUUUGGUGAUUAAGUUAUUUGUAGUUGAGAAUUUCCACUGUUACUUUCUUCAUAGAAAAGAGAGGUAUUAUGCUGUGCUCCUACUGGGUCAGGAAAAACAGCAGCUUUUAUUUUACCAAUUCUUUAUCAUUUGAAGGUAAUUAAAUCAUUUGCAGUACAUUUACAAAAUACAAUGAGUCAACAUGAUCAUAGUAAUCCACCACAAGUGAUCAAAAGAAAUGAUUCAGGAAAAAGAACACAAUUAGUUCAUAAAUUAGUACAUUGUAUAAAAUCUUUCUUUUUGUGGUGUUAUGAAUAAGACUAUUUUGCUUAGGCCUGUUCAAGAAGGCCUUGAAAUAAUUGCAUUUUUCACAGUACUUUUCUUUUGGUUUUAGUCUUCUCGCAGAAAAGGAUUCAGAGCUGUAGUGGUGUCUCCAACCAGAGAAUUAGCACAACAGGUGAAUUGUGAUUAAUAUUUGUCAAAUGCAAUGAUGACAAGUCAGUAAUAAUAAUGAUGAUGAUGAUGAUGAUAAAUGAUAGUCAAAUAGAUUUCAAUGUUAUUGAUGGAAAGUAUCCCUGGAAGAGACUCUGUUUUAAAUCAAUGUAGCAUUAAUGUUUUGGAUCCUUAAGUUCUUGUGGAUUGAAUAAAUUUUGGUCAAAAUGCUUUUAAAGAAGUUUAGUUUGAAAAGAGAAUAGUAUAUUCCUCUGAGCAAACAUUAUUGCAUCAAGCAAAGAAAAAUACAAAUCAAUCAAGUUAAUUUGAAAUUGUCUCAAAGGAAAUGCCAUUUUAAUCUACAAUAUGUUCUUUAAAUAACAAUUUGUAUUCAAAAUUUAUUAAUGAAGCCACCAACUGAUAGCCUGGAAGUCUGGUCUUUUGAAGAAAUAGAUGGUGCAGAGAAGAAACUGGAUGUCAUAGAGGCAUGUUAACCCUUAAACUCCCAGAUCAAAUUUGUAUUUCUCCUUACUGUUGACCAUACAAUUCUUAUAAUGUUAGUUCAGAGAAUUUAGUUUUGGAUCAACUAAUUAUCCCUAAAUUGAUAUUUUUCUUUGUUCUCAUCACUUAUCUGGUUGAUAUUGUAUUGAUACUGUAAGGAGAAAUUCUGUCUUGGUCACUCAUGGGAGUUAAAGGGUUAAGAUAAUUUUAUGAAAUGACUAAUGGAUAUAAAUUAUAUUUAUUCUCAAUUAUUUGAAGAUUUACCAUGAGUUUUGCCACCUGUCCAAUGGCCGUAAGUUUAGAAUCCAUCUCUUAACGAAAGCUAAAGCUUCCUCAAACAGCUUUGGAUCAAAGUCUUCUCAGAGGUUUGGUAAGAUUUAAAGCUAUUCUGUCUUGCAUAUGCUCUUAAAAUUUUUAGCUAAACAUGACAUUUUUUAUUUCAAAAGGAACCUCUUGUAAAUGGACUUGGGUUGUUGUUGAUUCAUUGACUAUCACAAGUGAUCAAAAUGCAAUUUUUCCUGAUAAUCUCAAUAUAUAAUUUAGCAGACAAGUGAUGAAAAACAUAUCAGUUGUAGGGUGUUUCACUGUUAUAUUAAAUUCUCAAAACUAAUUUAAGUAGCUGGAAGAGAGAAUUAAUUGAAACCUUUUCUAUGUUAUUUUAGAUAUUCUUGUGACUACACCAAACAGAUUGGUACAUCUGUUGUCUCAGGAUCCACCAGGAAUUGAGCUUCAUAAGUAUAUCUCUUUAAGUUUAUCAGUUAUACGAUACAGUAUACAACAGAGCCCACUUUUUAAAUUCACCACUGUGCCACCUUAAGUCAUAAAAUGGUGAUUCAAAAAAUGCUUAAGUCUUAUUUCACUAAAUGGUGUUUUUGAUUGCUUUUGUUACAGUGUGGAGUGGUUAAUUCUUGAUGAGGCUGAUAAACUUUUUGAAGAAGGCAAGGAUGGAUUUAGGGAACAAGUAAUAUAUCUGUAUUUAGCUGUUUUGUUCACUCAAGAAAAUUGUCUCUCUCAUUUUGGUAAAAAGUCUGUACUAGAGCCAAGUCUUGAUUAACUUACUAAUGGGUGUUUUUUCCAAAUACAGAUAGCCACCAUUUAUCAAGCUUGUGACAAACCAGAAGUGAAAAGAGCAUUGUUCAGUGCAACCAUGUCCAAUGGUAUUGAUGAAUGGGCACGGAUUCACCUGGACAAUGUUGUUCAAGUUACAAUUGGUAUCAGGUAUUGUAUUUCUCUCUUUCUCCUUUAAACAAUCUCAGAACUCCUCUUAAAUCCUCAGUGAUCCAAGAUCCUCUUAAUUCUUCUCCAGAAAUUUUUGUUUUCACUAAAAUCCAAAAGAUGUCCUUCUAACUACCACACAGUUUCUUGUGUAGCAAUAUUUUAUAAUUAUAUAAAACAAAACUGCAUACUACAUUGUAUAUACUAUACACAACAAAAUGUUGUAUCUUAAAAAAAAAAAUUUUUACCAUGGCUAGAGAUGACAGGAACGGUAAACUCUUACCCCCUAAUGGCAAUGAAGAAGGUUUGCAAAGAUCUGAGUGCCCAAUUUUUACACCAAUAGCAAAGGGAAAACUGAUGCAAGAGUUUCUAAUGGAAAAAAUGUGCCAUGUGAUAAUCUGCAGUUAUUAACAAUGACAGGAGCUUUCCCAGAUGUUUGGGGACACAAUAUUUAAACUCUUUACAAAUGUUAAUUUAUUUCAGAAACUCUGCAACCCAGACUGUAGAGCAAGAGUUACUGUUUGUUGGACAGGAGGCUGGCAAACUUCUUGCUGUAAGAGAUAUUGUCCAAAAGGUAAAGAGAAUGAUCAUCUGUUGUGAUAUGAUAAAAGUCUUUGCUGUAGUGUGAUGGUUUUUUUUCCAACUUACUACAGUUCUUGAAAAGAACACAUUGAAUGACAGUUUGUGAUGCCAUGACAACCAUAGCAGAAUUUAGCAUGGCAAUUGAGUAUAAUGAUAGAAAUAAUGAUGAUGACGAUAAUGAUUGUAAUAAUAAUAAUAAUUGUAUUUAUUACAAGGUUCUAUCAAAUUCUUUUAUGGGAAGAAAAACCCUCACAAAAAAUUUUCCUCUCCCCUAACAUGUGGCUUUGUAGUUCAGUUGGCAGUAGUGCCCAUCUAUCAUCUGGAAGAAGCAGGUUCAAAUCGUGUCAAAGCUUGAAUUUCUUCAGGCUUCUUCUCUUCAAUUGCCAAAAUUUUCAACUGGUGCACUUGUGUGGAUAAUUUCUUUACUUAAUAUUAUUUUUAAACCAAAGUUUCCUUAAACCAUUUAACAUAUAUAUAGGGUUUUCAAUGGCUAAUUUAGCCUAUUUUCUCCCAAACAGGGCUUCCAACCUCCAAUGUUAAUAUUUGUCCAGUCAAAAGAUAGAGCUAAGGAACUGUUUCAUGAACUCAUUUAUGAUGGAAUCAAUGUGGAUGUGAUCCACUCUGACAGAACACAAGCACAGGUGAGAAUCUAGUCUGGUGUUUCAUUCUCUGAGCUGCUAGCCUUGCAUUUAUGACUUGAGGAGAACCUUGUUCUUAACCAUUAAGACCUUAAGAGUGACUAUCAUUGAAUUUCUCCAAAUAGUAAUACUUCUUAAUAAUUCAUUAGGAUCAUGACAAUAAAGGAAAUGAUUGCAGUGUUAAGAAGCUCAGAGCUAGCUUGUUCGUAAACUGGGUAAAGAUAUCCUAGGGUUGGUGUGAAAUCAGAUUUCAGGUGUAAAAGCUGUAAAAGAAAAUUCAGUAUAAACGUUUUUUGUCUACAAUUUGAUAAUUGGAUGCUUUAAAAAGAGUAGAGAAAAUUAUCCCAAAAAGGGUUUUGAACAAGGAAAUAAACAAGCUUGGAUUAAAAUUUAACCUUGGGUUAGUGCAAAGCAGCCUUUAAACAACUUGGCCCUGAUGAUUAGUAAAUUCUCCUUAUCAGCACCAAAGGAGAUUUAUAGAGAAGAGUGUGGAGAAUAUGUAUACUGAUGUUGUGGUGUAAAGGAUUAAAUAUGCUAUGCUGUAUUUUCUUUUUUAGAGAGACAAUGUGGUGAAAUGCUUUAGAACUGGAAAGGUAUGUAUGUUAACUUUGCCAACAGCUGUUUUACUUUAAUUUACAUAAUAAAGCAUGGGAUGUGCUCUAUGCAAGAUUACACUUUGUUUGACAAUCAAAGAGAAAAUAAAGGGUCUCUGAGGCGAUAUAAAUUUGGUUUAAUGGUUCAGUUCUCAAUUUGAACAUUAGAAAAAAAGUUAGCCUGAAUUUCUUUAGUUCUUUCAUUAUCUGUGUUAAAUUUCUCCAUCUUGAACAGUCUUUGUACUCUAUUGGAUUACACCUCAUUCUUUGGUGUCCUUUUUUACCUCAGCAAACAGCAAAGAGUGACUUGUGUCUUACUUCUCCUUACAAUAUCAUGCCUUGAAUCACACGUUAAGGUCAUGAGAAUAAAGGGAAUGAUCACUUACUUGAUAAGCUCUUGAUCAUUAAACAAAUUCUCCUUGAUGGCACCACAGGAUGUUUAUGGAGAACAGUAUGGAGGUUAAGCAUAAUGAUGUUAGGGUGUAAAGGGUUACUUUUAAAUGAGUUAGCACCAAAUAAUUUCAACUCAGUAGCAUCAUUUUAUUGUUGUUGUUGUUUUGACAGAUCUGGGUUCUUAUAGCAACUGAACUCAUGGGCCGUGGAAUUGACUUCAAAGGAGUGAAUCUAGUGAUAAAUUAUGAUUUUCCCACAUCAUCAGUGGCUUAUAUUCAUAGAAUAGGUAUGAAAUAUUUUUAAAAACCCUUCAUGAAGAUCAGUAUUUAGGUCUGUCAAAGACACCAUAUUAUUUUGUGUUGGCUCCGAUUCCCUUCUUUGUUCUGCAACUCUUGUCAGGAAAUUUAUUUAUAAGAGAUUAAUUUGAUAGGCUGACCAGCCAAGUAAAUGUUAAUGAAUCAUUGUUAACUUGCCUCUUAUUCAGUCUGCUAUUUACCCUUUAACUUCCAGAAGUGACUAACGUGUAAGUUCUCCUUACGAUAUCUCUAUGUUUUCGAGUAAACGGUUAAUGAGAAAACUAAAACUUGAUCAACUAAAUCAAGAAGAAGUUUUUAUCUUGAUCUUACACCAAAUUCUUGCAACUAAUUUAUAAGGAAUUGUGUAGCAGCAAGAGGAGAGAAUUAACAAUCAGAUCUUGGGAGUUAAAAGGUUAAGGAAAGAAAGUUAUUGACCUCUAAACUAGAAGAAGUAAUAAGUGGUAAACAUGUAACAUUAAGAUAAAAAAUCAGUACAUUUUCCAGAAAAAGCCAAUAUGAACAAUCAAACUAAUCAACUGGUCAGGUAGAGGGCAUUAAGAAGAGAGAACUGCUGAUGAAGUCUCGAUAUCUGAUGAUCUAAUUCACUAGAAAUCUGUUCUUGUGUCCUUAGGUAGAACAGGUCGUGCUGGUAGACCAGGAAAGGCUAUCACAUUUUUCACUGAAGAUGAUGCCACAAAUUUACGCAGGUGUGCAACGAGGAUAUAGUUUUUCAUCAACUUUACAAAAAUUAUUGGCUGCUUUAAAUUCACCUUAGUUUAUAAUUGUAGAAACUUUUGACUCUCUAACCAUAGGAGUGACAAACAUUUCAUUUCUCCAUACAAUUUCACCCCAGAGUUGAACAUUAAGGUUGCAAGAAUAAAGGAAAUGACCACCAUCUAAAAGGGCUCUUGACUGUUAAACAAAUUCUCCUUUCCAGCUAUAGGAAGUGUGCACAGAACAGUAUGGAGAAUUUGCAUAUUGAUGUUAGGGUGUAAAGAGUUUUAAUCCUCAAAAGUUUUGGAAUUUUUAUUAUGGACUCUUCGGUCUCAUCUGAGAAUGAUGUACAUUGGAAACAUGUCGCUGCAUUAGAAUAAAUUCCCCUCUUGACUUCUUGCCUAGUAUCAUUAACUGCUAAAUAUGAUUUGGUUUUUGUCAUAUAGUAUUGCAAAUGUAAUGAAGAGUUCAGGAUGUGAAAUCCCUGACUGGAUGCUGAAGUUAAAAAAGCCAGCCAGGUGAGACUUAGAACUUAAGGAAGAUAAUACAGUAUUCACAUUUCAUAAGUAGGGGACCAAGGAAAAAUUUGGGUCCCCAUGAGGACUUGAGACCUUCAGAUUAUUGUGUGCAUGACUUCUGCGAUACAGAAAACCCAAUGGUGCACUAGGCCAUAUACUGGGUUCAUAUGUGGAAAGAGUUCUGCAAAAUUGCAGGAUCAGCAAUGUUGCAAGCAACAUGCAGUGGAACCUCUCCUGUGGGACACCUCUAUUAAGGGGAAAGGGACACUUUUUCUGGGUCUCAAAGCCCAGUCUGAACCUCCAUUCAGGGGAUAUCUAACCACUCACAACAUGACUGACCACAAUGAUUAAGUGUACACUAAACACAAUCGAGACCGCUUUCACAAUAUCACCUUUUUUAUAUCUUAUACCAUAUGAUGAUGAACUUAAAUUGGUUGCCAAAGGUUAUCAGUAUAGGUGAUUGCAUCUGGAGUCAAAGCUCCAAACCAUAAGUAGUUUAGGGGCAGUAACGGUUUGACAUUUUGGCCCCAGUCAACUUUGUAUCAAUCAGUUCCUUCAAAUUAUUAGUGGUUAAUUAUUAAAAACAAACCCCAACCCUACCUCUCUUCAGGGGACAUUGGCCCUGCUCCAGAUGAUGCCCCCUGAAUCUAAGUCCAAUGUGAACAAUGUGCUUCUUUUUGUGUUGAAGGAAAUCUCGAAAGAAAUUGUCCAAGGCCCCUCCAUCACGAACAACAAUUAAAACAGUUUCAAAAUAUGACACGCAUAUGGCUAAAAGAAAGAGGUAAGAUAACUGAUACCUUUGUUUCCUCAUUUUUCUUAAUUAAUUUUUUUUAUUCUUUUAACCUGAAGUGAUUAACAUAUAAUUUCUCCCUAUAAUAUCCACACAUUUAUCCAGCAAACAGGUUAUGAGAAUACUCAAACUUAUCAGGUAGAAUUUAUCUUAAUGUCCUUGAUCUAACAUCCAAUUCUUGUAAGUAAUUUACAAGGAAAUGUGCAGCAGCUAGAGGGGAGAAUUAACAAUUGGAUCAUGGGAGUUAAACAGUUAAUAGUUUGAUUUUUUUGUAUCAUCAAUCCAGAAGCUGUUACAUGAUGUAUCUACUGUGCUGCUGUUUUGUUUUGUUCUUCUAAAGUUCUUUUUAAACAUCACACUUUCAGUUUAUGCAUAAGAAUUCCUGCGAAAUGAGUUAAAUUGUCAGCAGGAAUAAGUUGAACUAGUGUUGCAUUUUGGUAAUAAGUCAAUACAGAUAAUAUAGUUCUCUAAAUUUUCUUUUCAGGGAGUUGAUUGAGGCAUCCAGGAAAAAAAAGAAGAAAACAAUUUUGAAGCAAUCUUAGUUAGCUUCAUUUUUUAAUUUCUUUUUUAUUUUAAAUAAAGAGUAAAGUUGUGUCGGAUCUCUUUUACUGUGAAAGUGAGAGAUUAAAAUGAAAUUAUUAUUAUUAUUCUGUAAAUUGUACACCAGCCAUAAGCCACCUCAUCUUCCAGUUUUUUGUCUGCAUGUGACAAUUUCUUCCUAAUAAAAUUGAUGUUUCAUG